UAAUGGACCCUCACGCAGAAGAUGAUGAUUAAUAAGUAGGAGAAGACUAUGAUCCAGAACAACCAGGAGAUAAUGACUUUCAAGGAUAAGCAACUCUUCCUUAAGUACCUGUAAAAACAGGUGAGGAGGAUGAUGAAGAAGUAGCAAAAUUCAGAGCAAAGAUGUACAGAUUUGCAGAUGGUUAAUGGAAGGUUUUUUAAUUUUAAUAACAUCUCUUAGGAAAGAGGAGUAGGUGAUUUGAAAUUCUUGAAAAAUAAGCAAACUUAGAAAAUAAGAUUAUUGAUGAGAUAAGAUAAAACUGGCAAAGUGAUUGCAAAUCAUAUGAUUAUAGUUUAAGAAGGAUUCUGUAAAUUAUCAUAACUCAAAACUGCUGAAAAAUCAUGGAUUUGGACAUGUUAUGAUGCAUCAGACGAAUAGCCUAAAGUUUGGCAAUUGUGUGUGAGAUUUACAAGUGCAGAUGAAGUUGAAAGAUUUAAAACUGAAUUUGAGAAGGCUUAUGAAAAUAAUAAAGUUGAAGCAGAACCUGAAAAAAAAUAAGAAUGAAU